AGCCGAGCACCGCGCUUGGAGCAUUCCGUGGAACAUCCCUGGCUUCCUGCCCUUCUCCUACACCUGGUUUGCAAAUUCAUCAAGAGGAUUCAGGAGGAAGAGACCAGCACCAUGGGCACAGGGCUCAGAGCAUACUCACACACCUUCAAAGCCAAGACCUGUGCUGCCCUGCUGGAUAUGCUCAUAGAGGAGGGGUUUUGCAAUCCAAAGCAAAUAAGCAGCCUGUGGCCCAGGGUUUGAUCCUCCCAGGAAAUGCUUGGCCUCCCAAGCCACGUCCGCUGGUCACUGGAAGCCUUUGAGGCCAUGGCAGUGUGGUGGGAAGGGAAGCACUUCUCUGGGGAAGCUGGGGACAUUCCUCCCUCUGGCAGCUUUCCAAGUCUCCCCGUGCCUUCUCCAACUGCCCGCCAUGGUGAGGUACAUCCACCAGUGGCUCAUGGACAAUCAGUUUGCUGAGCACAGGCUGAACAGGGCCCUGCUGGAUCUCACCGAAGAACAGCCUGCUGAUGUAGUAAUGACACUCCUGUGUGUGGCCCCAUCCUGUGACAGAGCUGCUUUCACCAUGUGGAAGAGCAUCAUGUGCUCGCCCAGGACUGCCGAGCCAGUGCAGCUGAUACUCCUCGAUGUGCUGGGGAGUUGGCCAGAGCACAGCACGUUCACCUCUGAUGGGGGCAAAACGGGUGCCUUCGUCCUGGCUGCAACUGUGGUGAUGUGGAAGAUCCUCCAGGUGCCCUGUGUCCCACAGAUGGUGACGGUGUAUUUCCCCCACCUACUUGUGCAUCUGCUCUUCCAAGUGUUCUUCAGCACUCUGGAUAUGCCAGAGGAGGUCGAUACCUUCUGGAAGGGAUGCCAGCAGCAAUACAGCCUUGCCACCAGCCCCAACAGGUUUGCAGUGCGGACCCUGAAGUCCCUGCUCUGCCAAAUGCAGCACGAGGCUGUGGUGCUGGCAAUGGAACGCAAGCGUGGCUGGGACACGCUGCUGUGUGCUGACACCCACCACUAUGCCGUGGGUCUGCUGGCCAGGGAGAUAUCCCGUGUCUCCAUCCCCUUGUGCUCCCACAUCGCUCGCUACCUGCUCCGGCUGCUCAGCACACAGGAGCCACGCUGGGAGCUGCCCGCCCUGGCGUUCCUUGUGGAGGUCCUCGAGUGCCUGAACUUGAGUGGAGGCGGUGCUAACAGAGUCCUGCAAAUCUUGUCAAGGCACCUGCGGAGCAAGUGCAGGGACAGGCAUCGCCUGGCGCUCAAGGCCCUUCUCAAGCUCAAUGACAAUCCCUCGAUGGACAAUAGCCAGGUGCAGCUGCUCUCCAUACUGCUCUUCCAAACAUUGGUGUCUCUUCCACUGGAAAAGGACAAAAAGGCCCUGAAGACACACGUGCGCCAGAGCCUUCUGCCACUCUUCUUCCACUGCCAUGAUGAGGAUGGGCGUGUGGCACAGGCUUCUCAGGAAACGCUGCUUUGUGUGGCUCAGUUCCUGAAGAGGAGGGAUCUGGAAAAAGUGGUGAAGAACAAGAAGCUGUGGAAGUUCACUGAGUGCCUGCUGGCAGACCACAGCAGCAGAGCGGCCGAGCACCUGCGCCAGGCCAUGCCCUACCUGGAGAGCCCACAGGAGCCCCUGCGAGAGGCGGCCAUCAGGUUCCUGGGGAUGGCCGGGCGGCAGCUGAGGGGGAAGAAGGAAGAGCUCCAGCUCAUCUGUGAGGCCCUUGAAGGCAUGGCAAAUGACAUCAGCGUCGCCGUUGGAAGCCUGGCAAUUCAAACGUUGUACGUCCUCCAGGCAGUAGAGAGAGCUGGAUAUUCCAUCUUGGACAGCCUGCAUGAUCAGCUCCGCAGGGCAUGGAGGACACGGCCUCGUCUGUUGGGGCUCGGCUGGCUGCGCUGCUGGAGCUCUGCAGAGAGCUGAUCCCAGAGGCUCUGUCUGCUGGGGCCACCUGAGCCAGCAAGAAUGUUUCAUUUGUUUAAGGUUGUUCUUUCCUUCUUUUGGCUUUUCUUUAGGAUAUAAAUAUAGGAUGUGUUAUAAUAGA